UAUCCACACUCCCACAAAUCUACGUCAGUUGGUGGUCUGAUUUGACUAAGACCGCCCAUAUGUAUACGCAAGUAAGGUGGGCGUACCUGUCAGUACAAUUGAAGAGGAACCUCAUGUUCCAAAUAUGGUAAGAGGCGUUACAUUUCCCUCACACGCUUGCAGUAUUCCACCAAUCACUACGCACUGGUUAACUGGCCAAUCAUAGCUCACCUCGCUUUUCAGAGCCAUGAGCUUUGUUAAAAAUCUGUGUGUUUCAGAGAGGCGGAGCAAAGAGGAGAUACAAACAUGCACGGGUAAAGAUCAAUAAAUGAUGAUUAACCAGCUCAUCUUCAAGAGAGUAGCUCCACACCUUCGCUGUGGGAGAUGGGCACAUGUCGAAACGCAUCUCAAACAACUGGUGCGGACAAACUCAGAUUUGUCUGAGUUUCGGGAGGUGUUCUCAAAGGCCAAACACAUUGCCAUCAUCACAGGGGCUGGAGUGAGUGCAGAGAGUGGAGUACCAACCUUCAGACAGGCAGGAGGACAAUGGAGGACAUGGAAAACACAGGAUUUGGCAACUCCUGAAUCUUUCUCUCGUAACCCCAGCAGAGUGUGGGAGUUCUAUCACUACCGCAGAGAACUCGCUCUGAAUGCCUGUCCCAGCGCAGCCCACAGAGCUAUUGCUGAGUGUGAGGCCCGGCUCAGCAAACAGGGUCGAUCUGUGGUGGUAAUCACACAGAACAUAGAUGAGCUGCACCACCGGGCCGGAUCGAAACAUGUUCUGGAGGUCCAUGGAAAUCUGUUUAAGACCAGAUGUGUAAGUUGUGGAGAUGUGGAAAGCAAUCACAAGAGCCCCAUCUGUCCAUCACUGGAAGGAAAAGGUUCACCCGAUCCUGAUGUCAAAGAUGCACCCAUACCCGUCAAAGACUUACCUAGAUGUGAUGAAAAGGGCUGUGAUGGUCUUCUAAGGCCACACGUCAUCUGGUUUGGAGAAACUUUGGACUCUCACAUCCUUACUGAGGUGGAGAAGGAGCUAGACACAUGUGACCUCUGUCUGGUGGUUGGCACCUCCUCUGUUGUGUACCCGGCUGCCAUGUUUGGUCCACAGGUGGCGUCCUGUGGCGUUCCAGUGGCUGAAUUUAACAUUCAAACAACACCCAAUACAACACGCUUCAAGUUUCAUUUCCAGGGCCCCUGUUCAACGACCCUUCCCAUCGCUCUUGCACGUCAUGAGUCUGAAGUCAUAUGAUGCUGAAAUCAUUGUCAUUUGCAAUAACAUUUAACUGGAUAUCAAAAUUUCUGAGAUUAAAAAAAUGUUUUAUCUCGUUGUUUUGGAAAUAGCACAGACUGUUUUACAUAAACUUAACAUGAUGAUUUCGAAAAUGGACCAACGAAUCUGGAUUGUAGACUCAGAAACAAGGCACAACAUUGUUUAUUGAACAUUUCUAUGCAUACUGUAAAUACUCACAUUACUGAAAUGCAUUAUGUAUUGAUUAAAAGUAUUUACACAGAAAUGAGCUUUCAUAUAUGCUGUAUAUAUUGAUUAAAUGUUUUAUGUGUUAACUUCCUUUCCUCUCUACUGUGUCUUAAAAGUUAGUUGUUUGACAAUAUGCACAUGUAAUUAGUAUAGUUUCUACUAUGUCUAUAGGAUUACUGUGAUUAAAAGAAUGACGGCUAAAGGGAAGCCUCACAUU